AUGGCUUCCUCUCCCUCUUUACUCUUUGCGGCCGCCGUAAUCACCCUCACUUUGCUCUUCGCAUAUUCCGCCAAAUUACCAUUUCACCCCCGGGACGUCCUCCCACUCUUGCCCAGACAGGUUUCAUGGCCAAUCCUCAACUCUCUGCACGGUGCGGUAGAUCUCUUGCCCACUUUCGUGGGCUCAGCUUCGUCCCCAAACGACAGUUUGGAGUGGAAAGGUGCGUGCUUUUACCAGAACACAGCUUGGAUGGAGUUCCACAACAAGAGUGGCAGCGAAUUUGGUGGCGGAACUCUUCAUAUCAAGGUUGAUAAGGCUCAUAGUUGGACAUGUAUGGAUAUUUAUGUCUUUGCGACUCCAUACACUGUCACAUGGGAUUACUAUUUCCUGUCUCGGGAGCAUACACUUGAGUUUAAAGAGUGGCAAGGAAAAGCCGAGUUUGAAUAUGUGAAAAACAGGGGAGUUUCUAUUUUCCUCAUGCAAGCAGGGAUGCUAGGCACCCUUCAAGCAUUGUGGGAUGUCUUUCCCCUGUUUACAAAUACUGGAUGGGGUGAGAACUCCAAUAUUGGGUUUCUCGAGAAGCACAUGGGUGCUUCCUUUCAUCAACGUCCUCAACCUUGGGUCACAAAUAUUAGCGUAGAUGAUAUUCACUCUGGAGAUUUCCUAGCAUUAUCUAAAAUUCGUGGGCGGUGGGGUGGAUUUGAGACACUAGAGAAGUGGGUCAGUGGAGCUUACGCUGGUCAUUCUGCUGUUUGUUUAAAGGAUUCUGAAGGAAAUCUUUGGGUUGGUGAAUCAGGACAUGAAAACGAGAAGGGAGAAGAUGUCAUUGCUGUGCUGCCAUGGGAUGAGUGGUGGGAGUUUGAGCUGAAUAAAGAUGAUGCCAAUCCCCAUGUUGCGUUGCUUCCCUUGCAUCCUGAUAUACGAGCAAAAUUUAAUGAGACUGCUGCCUGGGAGUAUGCAAGGAGCAUGGAAGGCCAACCAUAUGGUUAUCAUAACUUGAUAUUCAGCUGGAUAGAUACUAUACAAGACAACUAUCCACCCCCUUUGGAUGCUCACGUGGUUGCUUCUGUUAUGACUGUUUGGAAUCAUAUACAGCCCACAUAUGCUGCGAACAUGUGGAAUGAAGCCUUGAACAAGAGACUUGGAACGCAGAACCUUAGUUUUCCGGAUAUUCUAGUUGAAGUUGAAAAGAGAGGAUCAUCUUUUGAUGAACUACUGACAGUUCCCGAACAGGAUGAUUGGCUAUACAGUGAUGGGAAGUCAACAUCGUGUGUGGCCUUCAUUCUUGAAAUGUAUAAGGAGGCAGGACUGUUUGAUCCAAUCGGUAGCUCUAUCCAAGUCACUGAAUUUACGAUAAAAGAUGCUUAUAUGCUGAAAUUCUUUGAAAAUAAUUCAAGCCGCCUGCCAAAGUGGUGCAAUGACGGGGACACCGUGAAGCUUCCUUUCUGUCAGAUUAAAGGGAAGUAUCGAAUGGAACUACCUGAAUACAACAGCAUGGAACCAUACUCCCAUAUGAAUGAAAGGUGCGAAUCACUACCCCCAAAGUACUCCAGGUCACGGAAUUGCUAG